AUGCUGUCGCUGGCGGUGUAUGUCUCUCUUGCCGUGGCGCUCUACGCCGCUUUGCGCUUCAUGCUGCGGUUCUUGCGGCCACCCUUCGCGAAUAUUAAUGGCCCUCCGCCGCAAUCGUUCAUGGCUGGAAACAUGAGGCAGCUCUUCCAGCCUCGCGCGUGGGACUUCCACAAACACCUCAUCGACACGUACGGGCCCGUAGCACGCCUUUACGGCCUCGCUGGCCGCCCAUUCCUUCACGUGUGCGACUUGAAAGCGAUGCACAGCGUGCUCGUCAAGGACCAGGAAAUCUUCCUUCGUGGUUCGGAAACUCGCUCAGUCGUCAAUUUGAUUGUUGGCCCUGGGCUCCUUCAAACUGUGGGCCCACAGCACAGGCGUCAGCGCAAGCUGCUCAUCCCCGUCUUCUCGGGUGCGCACAUGCGCGACCUGACGCCCAUGUUCCUCGAAGUCACCGGCCGGCUCAGAUCAGCUCUGGAGAGCCGCAUCCGCGACGGCGCCGUUUCGUUCGAUGUGAACAGCUGGCUUGCACGGACCGCGCUCGAACUCGUCGGACAGGGCGCCCUCGGGACCUCUCUUGACCCGCUCACCAGGGACAGCUCGAACGCGUGGGCGGACGCGAUCAAGGGCCUCGCCGCUGGGAGCUCCCAACUCAAGUUUUUGCGCGGGCUCGUGCCCCACCUCGUCCGCAUCGGCACUCCGUCCUUCCGCCGACGCCUCGUGGAGCUUGCGCCUUUCCAGGUGCUCCAGAAGGCAAAGGACCAUGUCGACACGGUACAGAAAGGGUGUCAGGACCUCCUGAACUCGAAGCGGAUGGCCAUCAAGAGCGGAGACGCGGAGGCGUUGAGGCUCAUGGGUGAGGGCAAGGACAUCUUGAGUGUGCUAUUGAAAGAGAACAUGCUCGCAGCAGAGGAAGACAGACUUCCUGAGGAAGAACUGCUCGCACAGAUCGGCACCUUCAUCGUCGCAGGCACAGACACUACCUCAAACUCGCUCUCUCGGAUUUUGCACCUGCUCAGUGAACAUUCCGGGGUACAAGAUAAGCUGCGAGCGGAGCUCGCCAACGCGCACGAGCAGUUCGGUAACAUGAUCACCUACGACGAAAUCAACAAGCUCGAGUACCUCGAUGCUGUCUGCCGCGAGACGCUGCGUCUCCACCCACCUAUCGCGUUCGCCCAAAGAGAAGCCGUCGAAGACGCUGUCCUCCCGCUCGGUGAGCCCAUCGUCGGGAAAGACGGCCAGCAAAUCACGGAGAUCCCGGUCCCAAAAGGCGAAUCCGUGCUCCUCAACCUCGCGGCGUGCAACAAGGCGAAGGCGCUCUGGGGCGAGGACGCGGAGGAGUGGAAGCCGGAGCGCUGGCUCAAGCCUCUGCCGCGUGCGGUCGAGAACGCGCGGAUCCCAGGGAUCUACUCGCACCUGAUGACGUUCCUCGCCGGGGGCUACUCGUGCAUCGGCUUCAAGUUCUCGCAGCUCGAGAUGAAGGUCGUCCUGUACAUGCUCCUUCCUGCGUUCGAAUUCAAGUGCGGCGCGACCUCCAUCUUCUGGAACUUUGGUGGCAUCGCGCACCCCACCACAGGCAAGAAGGGCGACAAGCCGCAAAUGUGGCUGGAUAUCGUCCCCGUGUCGGCGUGA